AUGGCGACCAUUGCGACCUUAGACCACAGCAAUCUUCAGGCCGAGGCGUUUGCCCUCACUUUCGCUUUUCCAGUCCUCGCAACACUUACAAUCGGGCUACGCAUUUAUAAUCGCUCAUUGACGGGAACAUUCGGUUAUGAUGACUGGUUCAUUUGUAUAGCAGCUGUUUUCUUUUGGGCCGAAACUUUCGUUACAUACAAGUUCAUCCGGAUAGGAUACAUAGGAUAUCAUAUCUAUGACAUUCCCUUCACAACGGUCGAUCGGCAGCUACUUGGGAAGUACGGCUAUGCUGCUGAACUCAUUUAUGUCCCGAUCUUAGGACUCAUCAAGACCUCUAUUAUGCUUUUUCUCUUCCGUUUAACGGGGCAAAAGAAAGCAGUUAAGAGGGCUAUCUUGGGGCUUUUGAUACUCAAUGGCGCCUUGACAAUCACGAACUUGCUUUUCGUUUUGUUUCAAUGUCUGCCGAUUGCAGCAAUAUGGGAUCGGGCGGCGUACCCGAACGCAAAGUGCUUGCCUUUCUCUAUAGUCACUACAGCGUUUGCUUCCGCUUCAGUCUUUACGGACGCAUUGGCACUCAUUUUGCCAACAUGGAUCGUUUACGAUCUGAAAAUCAGCAGAAAGCAGAUGUUUUUGCUAAUUGGCAUUCUCUCCUUUGGUCUUAUUACCGUUGUCUCAGGUCUGGUUCGCUUGGUGCUUCUGGCACAGUUCUCGGCCAACCCACCGAAAGACUUCACACACACAAUCCUCUUUUGUAUCUCAAAUAUAGAAGUCGGCCUAGCUUUUGUGGCGGCAUGUGCACCCUACAUGAAGCCCCUCGUCCUCAGAAUUGCCCCAACAUUCUUUGGUAGUACCCGAUUUGGGAAGACAACAGGACGGGCGACUCGUCCAGUGUACGAACUCAGUCAAAGCAGAAUAUGGAAAGGAACCCAGACCAUGACACACGUCAAUGCGAGCGGGGGUAAUUUUGGUGCCAGAAUCUCGAAAGACGGAGGAUUGAACGAUAAGACGGAUAUUAUGAUGACUAGGGAGACAGAAGUCAAGUGGCAGGAUAAUCCGAACGGGACGCUUCAAACAAGACCUAAGAGCUUAGUAUAA